UUUAAUUUUCAACUAAAAUCGAAAAAUAAAUUAUGCAGAGAAUAAUUACAGUAAGUUCUUUUUGCAGCAAACUGUUGAGAAAAGAAAGACAACGUGCUUUUUCCUCCUCAUCGUCCUUAUUAUUCGAUGACACUCAAUUACAGUUUAAAGAGAGUGUCAGGCAAUUUGCGCUUGAAAAUAUUGCGCCUCAUGCUUCCAAGAUCGACCAAUCUAAUUAUUUCCCCAAGGAGGUUAACUUAUGGAAGCUCAUGGGGGAUUUUAAUCUCCAUGGAAUAACUGCCCCAGAGGAAUAUGGAGGACUUGGUCUUGGUUACUUGUAUCACUGCAUAGCGAUGGAAGAAAUAAGCCGUGCUUCCGGGUCGGUUGGUCUUUCCUAUGGUGCUCAUUCUAAUUUGUGCAUCAAUCAGCUGGAGAGGAAUGGAAGCCCUGCCCAGAAAGAGAAAUACCUGCCAAAGCUCAUCAGUGGAGAGCAUGUAGGAGCCCUUGCUAUGAGUGAACCCAAUGCUGGAUCUGAUGUUGUUAGCAUGAAGUGCAAAGCUGAUCGGGUUGAUGGGGGUUAUCUUAUCAAUGGUAACAAGAUGUGGUGCACUAAUGGUCCAACUGCUCAAACAUUGGUUGUUUAUGCGAAGACAGACGUCACAGCUGGUUCAAAAGGAAUCACAGCAUUUAUUAUCGAGAAGGGAAUGCCUGGAUACUCCACUGCUCAGAAAUUGGACAAACUUGGGAUGCGAGGAAGUGAUACAUGUGAGCUUGUCUUUGAGAAUUGUUUUGUUCCAGAAGAAAAUGUUCUUGGCAAAGAAGGAAAAGGGGUUUAUGUACUAAUGUCAGGAUUAGAUUUGGAGAGACUUGUUUUGUCUGCUGGGCCGGUCGGUAUAAUGCAGGCAUGUCUUGAUGUUGUUCUUCCUUACAUACGAGAGAGGUCACAGUUUGGCCGUCCGAUUGGGGAAUUCCAGUUUAUACAGGGGAAAGUUGCCGACAUGUACACUUCUCUGCAAUCAUCAAGGUCCUACGUCUAUUCCGUUGCAAGGGACUGCGACAAUGGAAGAGUUGAUCCUAAGGACUGUGCUGCAGUUAUACUUUCUGCUGCCGAACGAGCCACUCAAGUUGCUUUGCAGGCAAUACAAUGUUUAGGUGGUAAUGGAUACGUGAACGAAUACACAACCGGACGUCUUCUUCGAGAUGCCAAGCUCUACGAAAUCGGAGCAGGAACUAGUGAGAUCAGACGAAUGGUCAUUGGUCGUGAGCUUUUUAAGCAACAGUAAGAGACUGAAAAGUGGCGAAAAAAAAAAAAAUACACAGACAAAGCAG